AUGACAGGCACUGCCAGCGCCCUUUUGAAGGCGCCUCGUGAGCUCUCGAUUAUUCUUGCGUGCGAGUUUGCCGACUCCUUUAGCACUUUCGCUCUGGACUAUGUGUUCGUGUUGUUUCUUAGUAGCAUAUUCAGUUUCAGCGACCAGUUGGCUGGAUGGCUCUAUGGUAUGUAUGGACUUAUGGUUCUAGUGUAUGGGGUUGUCCUCGGCCCGCUUAUUGACAACAUUGGAGUGAAAUGGGCACUGGUCGUAGGUUCGAUCUUUGCGACAGUAGGCCGGCUCUCGAUGGUAUUCGUGUCUGAAGCAGCCCUUCUUCUGGUAGUGCUCUGGACAGUGUUGCCUAUGGGUGUUGCAAUGACCAGUAAUGUUCUCAAACUUGGGAUAAGGAGGUACACCACAAAAGCCAAUCGUUCCCCCGCCUUCGAUUGCUCGUACUUCACCAUCAACUGUGCAGCCUUGAGCUCUGCUGUUCUCCUGACAGGAACGCGGGCAUGUGCCUCGCAGUACGGCCCUUACUAUAGGCUCUACCUACUGCUGGCGUUUUCCUGUUGCCUCAUCCAGUUUAUCCUGGCGUGCUGCCUCAGGGAAAUCGUUGUUCGUGAGGGUACCCACGACGUCAGGGAUUUCUGCAUUGAGGCUUCUCACCCUGCAGAGAUUAUCAAAGGCGUGUGCAAAUCACCGAACUUCUGGAAGUUUGUGGGCAUUUCGCUUCUAAUCUGCACAGGAGUCGGCACAUGUCUGCGACACUUCGGAAGUACAUUCCCGAAAACAUUCACAAGAGUGAACGGACCGAACGCACCGUUUGAGCUUGUGCUCUCCAUCAAUCCACUGUUGAUUAUGUCAAUGAUGCCGCUUGUAUCGCUUUCCCGUCUGAAUCACUACAUGCCUACAUAUGAGCUUCUUGUACUAGGUUCUGCUAUCUCGGCACUAUCCAUGUUUGUCAUGGGCGUCUCGUCCUCCAUAGCAGCGGCUGUCAUAAGCAUUGCACUCUUCACUGUUGGAGAGAUGAUCUGGGCGCCGCGGUUCCUUGAGAUGUCUGUUAUGGUUGGUGACGAAGGACGGGAAGGAACCGUCAUCGCGCUUACCGGCUUCCCAAAAUUCAUUUCUCGUCUUCUUGCUGGUGGAUCAUCAGGUUAUCUAUUGCAGCGAUACUGCCCUCAACAAGGGAUUUGCCAAAGCGGAGGGAUGGUCUGGUCCCUUAUAGGAUUGUUAGCAGACAGCAGAACACCAUGCGACACAGAAACGGCCCAAGUUUUGCUAAAAAGACAAGCUGCUCCUUCUGGCCAAGAUGAUUUACCCAGCCGCAAUGUGAAGCUUUCCUCUGAUAGCACUUGA